AUGGUGGCAACAAAACUGUCGGGAUGUGAAAGUGGUGCAAGAAGAAAGAGAAGUGCGGCAUGUCCACAGAACAGUGGAUCACAGUGUAUCACAGUGGAUCACAGUGGAUCACAGUGGAUCACAGUGGGUCACAGUGGAACCCAGUGGAUCGCAGUGGAUCACAAUGGAACCCAGUGGAUCACAGUGGAUCACAGUGGAACCCAGUGGAACCCAGUGGAUCACAGUGGAUCCCAAUGGAACCCAGUGGAUCACAGUGGUCACAAUGGAACCCAGUGGAUCACAGUGAAACACAGUGGAUCACAGUGGAUCACAAUGAAAUCCAGUGGAACCCAGUGGAUCACAGUGGAUCACAGUGGAUCACAAUGGAACCCAGUGGAUCACAAUGGAUCACAGUGGAUCACAUUGGAACCCAGUGGAUCAAAGUGGAUCACAGUGGAUCACGGUGGAACACAGUGA